AUGGAAGAUGUGAUGAUAGAUACUGGAAGACCUCUAAACGCUUGCAAUCUGAAGAGCAUGGGAAUUAUUAAUCAAGUGAGGGUCAAACCAACUUUGGACACCUCCUGGGAAGCACUCAAAGAUCAGAGGGAGAUUACAAAUGGACUCUAUCUUUUCUCCAAGAUCGACCCUCCAGAGGUAGUCGCAUACUAUCUAGAGGAUCUGCACAAACAAGGAGUAGAUAUCUCAGAUUUCUCCUUAGACUGGCUGCCCGAAUUUCCUCAAGACUUCCAGAAGCGGACACGAGAACCAUCUGAUAAGACCAAGCAGGCAAAGAGAGCGAAGUUGGGAGAACCAUCUGGAUCAAGACCUCGAGUCCCUCUAGUUGGAUCACCUGGUAAGUCUGUAUCUCUCCCUCCCUCUGUAAAAAUUAAACAUGUUGCUUCCUUACUCCCUCAACCUUCGCCCAUUUAUACAACAUCUGAUACUCCUCCCUCAACCUCUAGACCAUCUAACCAACCAUCCCAAAAAUUCAGUCUUGCCACCACAACUCUACCUAUUUCAGAAGCAGAAAUGCUAAACGAAACCACUUCACCCUCUUCAUCACCAUCUCCACAAUCCCCACCUUACUAUAACCUCUCAUUUGACACUAAACCCUCUGAUCCUCACUCCCCAACUCUGGCUCAGAUCCAAAACCAUGCUCUGGCCUCUCAACAACCAACUCACUCUAACCCUGAACCUGAAGUUACUUCUCCACCCCCAGAAAACCCAAACACAACCACCUCUGACCCCCCACCAUCAGACCCAAUCCACUCUGAAUCACAACCAUCCCAACCACUACACUCUGAAAUACCCCAACCUGCUACCUCCGCUGACCCAACAACUCCCACACUUAACCUAAGCCCCCCACCUCUCCCUCCCCAAACUCUGAACCAGAAACCACCCUUCUGGCCCUUGAGGAAACAAUUACAGUUUUUGCAGAGUCUUCGGUUGACAAGGUCAAGUCUCUGA